UAAGGGAAGAUGCUAAGAAGGUAUUUUCAUUGCUUGGUUCGACGGAACAAACGUCGUUGUUUUGGGUUGAGAUAUUCUAGUGGCUUGACUAUCGUUCCUGACACGCCAGAUCCGUCGUUAGGAGCAACAGAAACGAAGACAUUGUACCAAGCAGUUACAGAUGCGUUGGAUAUAGUACUAGCUUCAGAUCCUAGUGCAGUGGUAUUUGGAGAGGACGUCUCUUUUGGUGGUGUCUUUCGCUGUACAGUCGGCCUUGCAAACAAAUACGGUAAAGACAGGGUGUUUAACACUCCUGACUGCGAGCAAGGAAUUGCAGGCUUUGGCAUUGGCCUAGCAACAUGUGGAGCAACAGCUAUUGCCGAGAUGCAGUUUGCAGAUUAUGUGUUUCCUGCAUUUGACCAGUUGGUAAAUGAGGCGGCAAAGUAUCGUUACCGGUCAGGGAAUAUGUUCAACUGUGGUCGAUUGACCGUUCGUAUGGCUUGUGGUGCAGUUGGUCAUGGUGCUUUGUAUCAUUCUCAGAGUCCAGAAGCAUAUUUUGCACACACGCCAGGACUGAAAAUUGUUGUGCCUCGCAGUCCCAUACAAACCAAAGGUCUCUUGUUGGCGUCAAUUAGAGAUGACAAUCCAGUGAUAUUCAUGGAGCCAAAAAUUCUAUACAGGAAAGCACAGGAACAGGUUCCUGUUGCUGACUAUGAGCUACCUUUGUCAGUAGCUGAGAUUAUGAGAGAAGGCUCUGAUGUCACGUUGGUUGCGUGGGGAACACAAGUGCAUGUUCUCCGAGAUGUGUGUGACAUGGCUGAAGAUCAACUGGGUGUUUCUUGCGAGCUCAUUGAUCUAAGAACCAUCUUACCAUGGGACAAAGAUACCAUUUGCAAGUCUGUCUGCAAGACUGGCAGGUUAUUGGUGAGUCAUGAAGCGCCACUAACUCAAGGAUUUGCUGCAGAAAUAGCAUCCACCGUUCAGGAUGAAUGUUUCCUUCAACUGGAAGCACCUGUGUCACGUGUCUGCGGCUGGGAUACUCCUUUUCCCCAUAUAUUUGAGCCGUUUUAUGUCCCCGAUAAAUGGCGCUGCUUUGAAGCACUCAAGAAACUCAUUAACUACUAACCGCAUGAUAUCUAUCACAAUCAGUUCACGCGACGCGGUGUGGCUUGUGGUUAACUUAUUUAAAUUGGAGACUAUAUUACCAGUUGAAAGUACACAAAACAGCUUUCUCUGCUCUACCA